AACAGGUCCCCUCCUAUCUCAAAUUGUACUUCUCCCUUGUAUCUUCUGGAUCAGCUACCUGGGAAUUGGUCAGCUUCCAAGAGACACCGGGGAAGGCCUCCUCACCACGUGACCUUGGGGGUGCCAAUGUCCUUCCAUGAGGGGGUCAGCAAGAGCCUGGUAGCAGCGAGCGAGAACUUCGGGGAGCCCCAGCGAUGCAGAAAACCACCUACUACGACACUUCCACGCUCUUUGGGGCCUACUCCUACCAAGGCGCCAAUGGUUUCGGAUACGAGGGUCCUCCUCCGCAGCCUUUCCAACCUGCGGCUCACGUGGAGAACGACUACCAGAGGCCGGCCUGUACCCUUCAGUCUCUUGGCAACGCCGCCCCCCUGGCCAAAACGAAAGACCUGAACGGGAGCUGUAUGCGCCCCAGUUUGCCACAGGAGCAUCACCCGCCCCCGCCCGUCUCACCACCCCCAAAUCCUGCCAUCACCACCACCUCCACCAACAGCAGCAGCAGCAGCAGCAACGGGGCCAGCAGCAAUAACCAUAGCCAACCUGGGGGGGUCAAAAGUGCCCCCAGCAAAUCUAGUCUGGGCUCUAGUAACGCCGCUCUCACCAAGCAGAUUUUCCCCUGGAUGAAAGAGUCGAGGCAAAACUCCAAGCAGAAAAACAGCUCCCCCAACACAGAAAGCUGCAGCGGCGAGAAAAGCCCUCCGGGCUCCUCGGCUUCCAAGAGGGCCCGUACAGCUUACACGAGCGCCCAGCUGGUCGAGCUGGAGAAGGAGUUCCAUUUCAACCGCUACCUUUGCAGGCCCCGCCGGGUGGAGAUGGCCAACCUGUUGAACCUCAGCGAGAGGCAGAUCAAGAUCUGGUUCCAGAACCGGAGGAUGAAAUACAAAAAGGAUCAGAAGUCGAAGGGCUUGGGGUCCUCUUCGGGGGGGCCUUCCCCGACGGGGAGCCCUCCCCAGGCCAUGCAGUCCUCCGCUGGCUUCAUGAACGCCCUGCACCCCAUGACUUCAAACUAUGACGCCCCGUCUCCACCCUCCUUCAACAAACCCCACCAGAAUGCCUACGCCAUGCCCACUGCCUACCAAAACCCCAUCAAAGGCUGCCCCACCCAACAGAAAUACGCCAACACGGCGCCCGAGUACGAUCCGCACGUCCUACAGGGUAACGGGGGAGGCGGCUACGGCCCCCCCAAUAUGCAAGGCAGCCCGGUGUAUGUUGGCGGAAACUACGUGGAUUCUAUGCCCGCUUCCGCUCCCUCGCUUUACGGGCUGAACCCUCUGCAGCACCACCAGCCCCCCAGCAUGGAGUACAACGGGGCCCCCCAGAUGGGCUCCAACCAGCAUCACGGACCUUGCGAGUCCCACCCCACUUACACAGACCUUUCCACCCACCACGCUUCUACUCAGGGUAGAAUCCAAGAGGCGCCCAAACUGACCCAUCUGUGAUGAGGGGGCAGGACUGACUCGGUGGGGGAAGUUCAUUGGAGAACUGGAUUUGAGAAGGGGUGUUGAUUGGCUAGCUGGGUUGGCUGGUUUGUGGUUGUGUUGGGGGAGUGUUGGUGGGCUCUUCCUUCAAAAACAUUUGUGUCGAAACCCUUAAAAAAACCUUUCACCUGGUGCUCUGAAAGUUUGAAAACGGUUCCCAACUGGGUCGGGCAUCAUUGCACCACUUCUGAGCAAAUAGGAAUCGAAUCGACGUUCAUCAGGGGUCGACUUCCCACUGUUUCCAUUUCUAAAAUAAGUAGGGGGUGAAGCCUUCCCGGAAGUUACGUAAUUUGACCUGGAAGCCUUUCCAACAGUGGCUUGUGCUUCCUUGAUGGUGAAGAAAAUGCACUCUGCACAUGUUCAGAGCACGCUACUAUUUGUUCCAAAUCUGAGCCCCUUAAAAACAGGCUCCGUGACUAGCUCUAGAAAACCCAAGUUUAAAUCAAGGUCUGGUCAUCUCCAUCACUUAAAUCGAAUGUAGAUUUCUUGUCCUCCAUGUAGGAAUCUUGUUUCCCUUUCUUCAGUGUAAGAUCUUAGUGACCAAAACGCAAUUCCAAGCACGCUCCAUCUCCAGCAAAUUCCACAUUUCAGUGGAACUCAGGCCAGUUUUACAUAUUUCCCUAGAAUAAAAUGUAAGAGUUCUUGGCUGUACUACUUCACCCUGUAGGUGGGGGUAAUAUUUUUGAAUGACUUCUGGUGAAAAACUUCCUGUAUGUAAUAAACUAGCACAUCUUCUUCCUAACAUGCUGUUUUCUACAUGCAGCUAUAUUGGAUUUUGGUUUAUAAAUGGGAAAGCAUUCCAAAACAUAAUUCUCCACCUGAAGUUUGAAGUGGUACAGCCCAAAACUUUGCCACCUCAGUCUACCACUUCAUUUUGUGUAGCUUGUAGACUGACUAUUACUCUCAACUAAUGCUUAAUUCUAAGCAGCCCCUGCUGGAAAGACAGUUCCACUGAAGUCAGUGACUGACAUGAUGAGCAAGAGUACUCAAAGCAGUUCACUGAAAUAAAAUUUAAAAAGCUAUAGAACUACUUUGAGUAGCUUUCCUCAUAAUGCCAACCAGUUAGAUUUAUUUCCAAGCCAGACCCCUGCAGAGCAACCUCAAGGGGAAUACACAAGGCCACAAAACAUAUCUAGGACUCCAAGGCGACCUAGUUUUCUAUUAAAGUACUUCAACCAUUUGUUUGUCUCUACAAUCUAAGUGGCAAAGGACUCACCCCCUCCUCACAUUCACUCCGUGAUAAUGGGUGGAGUGGAGCUUCUGAAAGUAAGUUGUGGUAGUUAUUCCAGAUUUUACAAAAUGUACCUCGUAGUCUUGUAGUGUACACCCUAUAGAGACCAAGAAAAUGCAUUUAUAUAUUCUAGCUCCUUUUAUUUAAUAGUGAUUGAUUAUGAAAAAACGGAUUAAAAUAGAUUGCCUAAGGUUAUAGCUGGUGCACACAAUCCCCAACAUACUUGCUUGGUAAUGAAUUAUUGAAAUAUAUGAAGCUAAAUGGGUAUGGUUCAGCAAUAAAUUAUUUUAUGCAUUUCCCAUUCAUUUCAAUGGAACUUGUGCAGGAGAACUUCCCGCUAGGUUUUGCCCAGUAGGUCUCUCCUUCCACUGAAUAUUCCAAAACUAAAUACAUACAGUUGGAAUGAAGCCCCAUUUCAAGGGUGGUACCAAAUAAAUGUGUUUAGAAUUGCAGAAGACCAUGUGUUAGAGACAAUCAGAUAGAGGCACAGAAAACAAAUAAUUCAAACUUGAAGGGUUUUCCAGAAUCAAGGCCAGUUGGCUGAAACAAUGCAUGAGUUGGGUGGGAACUCGAAAGCGAACUUAAAUCCUUGACCUCCUUGAAACAUCUGAUACAUACUUAAACAACUCAUGGAGCCAAUUAAUCAAUUCCAAGUUUGCAUUUCAUAUUGAGGUUUCGACACAAACGUUUUUAAUGUAGAAAAGGGUGAUGAUUUUUUUACAUUGAAAUCCGAACGAAUAAACAAUUCAAUCUCUCUUUUAAAAAAGAAAUGAAAGGAAAACACAAAUCAUACAAUAUGUGCACAUAGUUGUGGAUCGUGAAUACAUCAAGUAUUCUUCACACUGUCCCCGUCUAAAUAAUCUGUCAAAUCACAAAUUUAUUUUAAAAUACAUUUAAGACACUGAGUGAAAAAACCUUCAUAAUACCUUCCACGCCCACCUUCUCUCCACCACAUACAAACUGUUGAACCUUCCCUCCUAAACAGGCUCCUCCCACUUUCCUCCCCCAUUUUUUCAACCCCUUUAUUUGAAAAUAUACACUCUUGCACAUUCUUUAUGGCCACGUGUUUUCGCCUCCCUAAAUCCUACGAUCCACCAGAAUCUUUCAGAAAUUGAGGGGAGAAGAUUGAGGAGCCCUUUUGCAAACUACUUUAUUUUAAAAAAUUAAUUAAUUAAAAUAUAUGACAAAAUGGGGCGGGGCGGGGAAUAUUAAAAAUUAGGAAGCAAAAUGGGGCCGGUUUGCCUAUGUUGACCCCCUGGUGAAGUGACUGCUACGCCCCUUUCCUGAGGAUCUGUUAAGGGCCGGGGCAGUCUAAGGCGUCUUGCAUUCAUGUCUGCGCCUCUUCUCCUCUUGAACGUGAAAACAGGGUAUAUUUGAACAGAAACUGAUAUGUCCUCCAAAUAGAAGCGGAAGUAAAUGGUCCUUUGGGGAGGGGGCUAUUGCUUGACGCUUCUUCUUUGGUCCGGCAUCCUUCUUGCACUUAGAGUUUACAUUUUAAUGGGUAUAUAUACCAACUUUUGAAGGACACCCCUUGGAGACGUCUUUCAAUGGGGCUGUGCGUGUGUUCCGGUGAACAUUCAUAUAUAUAAAUAUAUAUAUUAUAUAUUUAUUGGUUAUAGCCAGUUUUAAACUAUUUUUUCUUUGGUUGCUUUUGUAUUAUUUAUCCCCAACAUUAUGUAUUUAUAAGGAAAAAAACCCAAUAUGUACUUUUUAUUUUUAGUAUUUACUUGUUAUAAAGGAACAUGUGUUUUCCCCUUGUCAUUGUACAACCAAGACUUUCUUUCCUUUUCUUUCCUUUUUCUUUUUUUAGUUAUUGUAAUUUAGGGAAAAAGCCAGUAGUUACCUUUGUACUUAAAAUAAUGUGUUUAGUUCUACUGGAGGCAUGAAAGCAGAGCCAGAACUGUAAUUGUAUAGUCCUGAGUUAGAAGAACUAGCUACCCCCUCCCUUUUCUCCUCUUCUUCCUCCACCACCUCCUCCUCCUCUUUUUGGAAACAUCUUUUGUUGUUCUUUACAGUAGAUAACUUCAGUUCUUUGCUUAAGGGUUGUCUGUUGAUCCAAUUCUUGAAUAAACUUUCUGUUCUUAAUUUG